UACUAUCGUCACGCCUCACUCCUCUUCUUCUCCUUAAGGAACAACAGUAGAUACCCAUAGUAACUACCUUACCUGUAUCUACCCUAUCUAAUCCUUCAUCGUGGCCUUUGGCAUCCCGCCAAGCCCCCUACUACGUAAUCAUGGCCGAGAUUCCGCCAUAUCCACUCUACAACCGAACAUACCACCUCUAUCGUCUCUCCCCGCUAUACCACGGCGCAUCGCCUCUACUCAACGAGAAAUCACUUCGAUCCCAUGCCCGUCACUUGAAAGACCAACUCAAGGGCGACAAUGUUCGUGGCGUCGAGGUGGACUUCGCGGGGACACAAGGCGCAUUGCCUAACCUUGGUCCUCUCGAGGACUGUACCUGGGACCUGAUCGGCGAUGAAGAUGCCUGGAUAGAUCGCUACCACCAACUACAUGAAGACCCAGAAAGCUCACAACUGUCCUCGCGACUCUCUCCAGAUAAUGUGCGCGGGAUCCAAGUGACGCUCGAGUACGAAACACAAUCAUACAAUGCCCUGCUUCUGAGAGACCCAACAUCUACCACGUCACCCGAGGGAUUCACCUCUCUGCCGUUACUGAUGCUGAAGAUGCCUGCACCGCUCCGCCAAGUCGUGCUCAAUUACCUAAGAACAACGUUCGAUGCCAAUGUAUCUCCGCUACGCCUUGCCCCAGCCUUCCUCACCUCCACUCUCGAGUCAUAUUUCCGCCAUUGGACCUCAUCCCAGUCUGCCCAAUCCAUACAAGAUGUUGUGCGCCAGCUCCAGCUGGGUCUUACCUUUCCUCAAGCCACGACCCUCCUGAAGCAUAUCGAUGUGACCAUCACCGGCGCCGACGUUCCAGGGUUCAUCACCCGUGGCAGGUCUGAACGAGGCACUCAGGAUGCUCCUUUCACAGGGGCUCUUCGACAGUACCUGAAGAAACAUUUAGCUCUUGACCUUGCCCACCCGAAGGUGCAGAUAGCAAAACUGAGCUGUGGUGCCUUUACUCUCUCUACUGAUAGAGUAAAACUGAAUGCUCCGGACCUGCUGUCAGAUAUCUCCAUCACAGACAGUGAUGUCCCAGAAGUCAGUGCGGGCCAGCUUGCUGUCCAGGAAUUCUACAACGCGCUCGUGAAAGAGGCCACAGGCACUGGGAAGUUUCUUCACGAGGCUGCUGCGCUUGAGCGAGAAUCAUCAACGCCAUCUUCCACACACAGCGGCGCAAACCCAUCAGGAACGAGAAAACGCUCAGUCAGCACGACGGCAACAAAGAACGCGAACGCCAAGCGAUCAAAGUCCCGAGGCAAAGAGAAUGGGAAUCGCGGGAAAGAAGAUCAAGACUUGAAUAUGCAGAUUACAUGAUCCGUACCUCUUCUCUCCAUCUUAGUAGGCUCUGUACGAGCCGAGUUGGUGAAUCCUUGGUGGGCUUGUCACGAGAUGACUUAUUUCACCGUAUUGCAGAUUCAUGCUAGAUGUGUACCUCAAUCAUAAGUUGCUGGCUUGAAAUGGGAGACUGCCUACGGAUUGCCAUAGCGGAACAGCCAGUCACUUCUGCGACCCUGUCACAAUGUAGAAUGCAAGGCUUCAGCAACACCUGUGGGAAUGUCUGCUCGACAGCAAAAUAGGUAAUCCAAUGCUGACAGCGAUAUAGCCCCACACAAGGAGCGCUGCGCUAAGGCUUCGAGUCGCCAGCAUAUCUGGACCCUGCUGCAAUGCUUUCGGAGCGUGCUGGCAGCCUACAUUAUAGAGAUAUCAAUCUGACACUCUAAUCAUAUUACCACCAAACGCGUCCCUCGAACUAU